ACGGCAUCAAUUUGUCAAAUGUCAAGUUGUUAUUCAAAACAAAUAUGGAGGAGUUAAAUGAUAAAUUUCAUUAUGUUUACAGUUCUUCAAUUUCUGAUAAAAUUCAGAUUAAAAUUGGAACAUUGGAGGGAAAACGACAAAAACCAGAUUAUAAUAAAAUAUUGGAAGAUCCUAUGUUAAAAUAUUCGGGGCUCUACCAGGAUAAUUGUGCUGAUUUAGUUGUAGUUUGCCAAAUAUUCGAUAACAACCAGCAAUUGACUUUGCCUGUAACAACAUCAUAUAAGGCAUUCACCCAAAGAUGGAAUUGGAAUGAAUGGUUAACUUUGCCUGUCCAGUUUAAUGAUUUACCUAGAACAGCUCAACUGGCUUUAACUAUUUAUGACUGCUAUGGGCCCAACAGACUUGGUCCAGUUGGUGGUACAACAAUAUCUCUUUUUAGCAAGCAUGGAUUAUUUAGACAGGGUAUGUUGGACUUGCGUGUAUGGCCAAACAGAGAAGCAGAUGGGAACUUUCCAACGCUCACCCCAGGGAAAACAAAAAAUGGCAAAGAGCAAAUGCAGAGGCUAGCCAAAUUAGCUAAAAAACAUAGAAAUGGAUACAUUACAAAGGUUGAUUGGUUAGAUAGAUUGACAUUCAGAGAACUAGAGAUGGUUAAUGAAAAGGAAAAAAGAUUCUCUGAAUAUUUGUAUUUAAUGAUUGAAUUUCCUACUAUUUCCAUUGAUAAUAUAUCACAUCACAUUGUAUAUUUUGAGCAAAAUGGUGAAGAAAUAGUGUCAGUUAGGUCACAAGCAGAGUUAGUAACUGUACCUGAUCAGGAGAUUUUAAAAGAAAACCUUGUCGAAAGUAAGCACCACAAGCUCGCUAGAUCUUUGAGAAGCGGCCAUUGUGAUAAAGAUGCCAAACCAAAUGCGACUAUGCGAGAUAUUCUCAACACCAUUGUAUCUUAUCCACCUACUAAGAAUUUAUCAAACGAAGAACAAGAUCAUGUUUGGAAGUAUCGAUUCUACUUAAGUACUCAAAAAAAAGCAUUAGCAAAGUUCUUAAAAUGCGUCAACUGGAAUCAACACAAUGAAGUAAGACAGGCUUUACACAUGAUGGAAAUGUGGGCCCCUAUGGACGUGGAAGAUGCUUUAGAAUUGUUAAGUUCGAACUUUGCUCAUCCUGCUGUAAGAAGAUAUGCUAUUUCUAGGCUCCAGCAAGCUCCUGAUGAUGAGAUUUUAUUAUAUUUAUUGCAGUUAGUACAAGCUUUGAAAUAUGAAAAUUUCAAAACGAUUCAAGAAGGUUAUACAAGAAUAUCUCCAGGUCGUGAUCCAUAUUUUCCAUAUGAGGAAAAGGAAGCACAGCUUGAAAAGAAAGACAGCAAAGAAAGCAAUAGUACUCUGACUAAUGAACCAUCUUUAAAUAGAUCUUCUAGCUAUAACCAAGCUGACCAAAUCGCUGCAUCAAACGUCAAUAGUAUUAUAGAAAAUCCCGAUCAGAAACCUAGUGGACUUCCAGACAACCUUUUACAAAAUCCCAUUACUGAUAGUGGCAACACUGAUACUUUACGUAGUCAUAUAUAUGAAGAGGAGGAAAUUCAGGAUUUAGCGUCGUUUUUGAUUCACAGAACUUGUAAAAAUUUCAGUCUCGCGAAUUAUUUUUAUUGGUAUUUAUUAUUGGAAUGUGAAGAUCAAGAUACGAAUUUAAAACAGGAUAUCAGUGAUGAAGCUGUUAGAAAUAUGUAUCUCACAGUAAUGAAAACCUUCUCACAAACCUUAGCCCGAGGUUCAGAUUCUAUGCAAAAGAAGCGACAUAUUCUAACAAAACAACAAAAAUUCAUUGAUAAACUUGUCAAAUUGAUGAAAACUGUUUCAAGAGAGAGUGGAAAUAGAAAGAAGAAAGCUGAAAAACUUCAACAACUUUUAGCAGAUUCCGACAGUUUCAAAUUUAAUUUUUCGAAGUUUGAAGCCAUCCCCUUUCCAUUGGAUCCAGAAAUCAUGAUUAACGGGAUUAUUCCAGAGAAGGCCAGUUUGUUUAAAUCUGCACUGAUGCCUUCUAAACUAUAUUUCAAAACGGUUGAGAACGACGAGUACGUCGCCAUUUUUAAAUUAGGUGACGAUUUACGGCAGGAUCAACUCAUCCUACAAAUGAUAACACUGAUGGACAAAUUACUAAGUAAGGAAAACUUAGAUUUGAAAUUGACACCCUACAGAGUUCUGGCUACCAGCACAAAGCAUGGAUUUGUGCAGUUUAUAGAAUCUGUUACUGUAGCCGAAGCUUUAGCUACUGAAGGAAGUAUACACAAUUAUUUUAGAAAAUAUCACCCUCAAGAAAGUACUGCUUACGGUAUAGUUCCUGAUAUAAUGGACACAUAUGUAAGAUCAUGUGCUGGUUACUGCGUCAUUACUUAUCUAUUGGGAGUGGGUGACAGGCAUCUUGAUAAUUUACUGCUGACACAAGAUGGAAAACUAUUCCACAUAGACUUUGGAUAUAUAUUGGGAAGAGACCCUAAACCUUUACCACCACCCAUGAAACUAAGUAAAGAAAUGGUAGAAGCAAUGGGAGGAGUUAAUUCUGAACAUUUCCAACAAUUUAGGAAGUUGUGUUACACCGCCUUCCUUCAUUUGAGAAGGCAUGCAAACCUUAUGCUGAAUUUGUUCUCACUCAUGGUGGAUGCAAGUGUUCCAGAUAUUGCUCUAGAACCUGACAAGGCUGUCCGUAAAGUUCAGGAUAAGUUGAGAUUAGAUUUAAGUGAAGAAGAGGCAGUGCAUUAUAUCCAAAAUUUGAUAGAAACUUCUGUAACAGCAAUAAUGGCGGCUUUUGUAGAGCAACUUCAUAAAAUAACUCAGUAUAUUAGGAAGUAGUAUGUUAUGUAUUAGACAAUUAAAGUGUAUUUAUUAUGUUUUUGUAAAUAAGGUUUUAUUAAAUUUUUUUUAUAUAAAAUUU